CGGUUGCUUCUGGCAACGUAAUCGUCGCAAUCGAUUGUGCUUUGUUGGGACAGUGCUUUUUUGAACUUUCCAGCAGGCAGUGGUGUAAUCAUUACUUUCGGAUUUGGUGUAUCUGCUUUAAACAGCUUUAAAUACGUAAGUUAGACCUUCUCACAAGGCGAUCCAAUGCAAUUAAUGAUGAUAAGAAAAUAGCUAUAAAUUAGCUGCACGCCGAGAGCGAUACAUCAUUAGCUAAGAGGCGAACAUUUGCAAUGGAUCGUUGGCAGAAUCGUGUGGCUGCCGUAACAGGGGCGAGUGCUGGAAUAGGUUGGGCCAUCGCCAAGGCGCUGUUGCAAUCUGGAAUGGUUGUCGUUGGCCUGGCAAGGCGUGUUGACAAAAUAGAAGAACUUAAAUUGACGCUUGCCGAGAAUUUAAGAGGGAGGUUGCAUUCUUGUAAGUGUGAUGUGAGCAAUGAGAAGGAUAUAGUCGCGGCAUUUAAGUGGAUCGAUAGUAAAUUUGGUGGUGCUGAUGUGUUGGUGAACAAUGCCGGGGUACUCAAGUCUACGCAACUAAUCGAACCCGGUAACACCCAGCUUAUUCGCGAUGUAGUAGAAACAAAUAUUAUGGGGCUGAUUUUGUGCGCUCGCGAAUGUUAUCAAUCCAUGAAAAGACGAGACGUUGAUGGCCAUAUAGUUAAUAUGAAUAGUGUCGUAGGUCACGGAGUACCAGUUGGGGUUGAUACUUUGACCACUUAUAACGUAUAUCCGGCAACCAAACAUGCUGUGACAGCUCUUACUGAAACGUUCCGCAUAGAGUUGUUGAACGAGAAUAGUAAAGUCAAAUUAACAAGCAUAAGUCCUGGAGCUGUCCGGACGGACAUAUUCAAUGAUCCAGAUUUACUGAAGAAACCAAUACCUUUUCUGGAGCCUGAAGACAUAGCGAAUAGUAUAGUACACGUGAUUUCGACCCCGAAGCAUGUUGAGAUCAAGGAACUUACUAUCAAGCCACUUGGAGAAAGAUUUUAACAGGGCGCAAAUAAACGGCUAGAACUAAUGAGGAGACUAGAAACGUUUCUUUAUAAGACAUCGACCUUGUGUAAAUUGCGUGAUAUUCUAAACAUUCCAAAUUAUUCAAAAGAUCAAUAAUAAAAUUGAAUAUGAUUUGUGAUUCAGAAAUACAGCAAACACUCUCAAAAUAAACGGUCUAUAAUUAGACUUCUGGGCUGGAAUGGACAACUGGUUUACAAAUAA